UGCGCGCGUACCUCAUUGGAGAAAAAGCAUGGCCCUUUGUCAAAAUAACUAUCUAGCCAGUUAUUCAAAUCAGUUAUUUGUCGGGGUUCAUAUAUACGCAGAUCUUUGAAACUAAUACUGUCCGAUGCAAUAAGAAAUUUGCGCGAAAUUAUUGACAAUGAGUGCUACUUUAUAACUACAACUAAACUUGCACAUAUGGAUGCUUGUUUUACAGUUGACGUAAUUGGAAGCAACGGAACUUAUUGCUCAUGGAAAAGGAGGAUGAGUCUAAACAAUUACUAAUUUUGUGAAACAAGUGUGCUACUAAAGAAUGAUAUGUCAGGAUUUUAACCUUGGCUUGGCAGCUUCAUAUUUCCACCAAGAUGGAGGAAUUUGUGAGCCCCAAAGGGGAAUGAUAUCAAUGGAUAUUGUAAGUCAAGUAAACAUGACCCUGAUGGAGGAUUCUGGACUCAGAGAAUCCUCCAACUGCUCCAACUGCUACUCUUUCAAUGAAGAGAACUUUCUGGAAUUGGAGGACAGUACGAAGAUAGUCGGAGUUCAGGUGAUACUCAUCCUCGCUUACAGCACCAUCAUACUUUUUGGAGUCAUCGGAAAUUCUCUGGUUAUCUUUGUAGUGUACAAGUUCAAAACUCUUCGUACCGUGACCAACUUUUUCAUUGUGAAUUUAGCCGUGGCUGACCUGCUUGUGAACACGCUGUGUCUGCCUUUUACGCUGAUCUACACCCUUCUGGGGGAAUGGAAGUUUGGCCAGGUGCUGUGCUUCAUGGUGCCCUACUCCCAGGGUCUAGCUGUGCACGUCUCCACCAUCACCCUGAACAUCAUCGCCCUGGACCGCCAUCGCAGUAUCGUCUACCAUCUGGAGACCAAGAUGUCCAAAGACAUGUGCACCUUGGUCAUCGCCAUCACUUGGGCCACCAGCGCCCUCCUGGCAAGCCCUCUGGCAAUAUUCCGCGAGUACGGGACCUUUGCUCUCUCGCCCGAGCUGUCCAUCCAUGUGUGCACUGAGGCGUGGCCACAGAGCGGCAUGGAUGGGACCAUCUACAGCAUCUCCAUGCUUCUGGUGCAGUACGGCCUGCCGCUGGCCAUCAACUCCUUUGCUUACAUCCGCAUCUGGAAUAAGCUCAAGAACCAUGUGAGCCCCGGCGCCCGGAACGACCGCCACCGGCGGAAGAGGAAGACCACCAAGAUGCUGGUGAUGGUGGUGGUGGUAUUCGCCGUCAGCUGGUUGCCGUUCCACGCCAUCCAACUGGCCAUCGACAUAGACAACAGUGUCCUUGACAUGAAGGACUUUAAAGUGCUCUUCACAGUCUUCCACAUCAUGGCCAUGUGCUCCACCUUUGUCAACCCCAUCCUCUACGGGUGGAUGAACAACAACUACAGGGCAGCCUUCUUAUCUGUAUGUAAGUGUGGCGAGGCCGUCAAUUCAGGCUCACGGAGCUCCAUGAAAAGGAAGACCCAACGGGAAAGAGACUCGGACUUCAGAGCCACUAAUGUUUGAGUUUAUGAUAUGUGAUAUCU